UUUAUAUAGGUCGUUAGGUAUCCAGUAUAUUGUAAUUAGUGGUACGUACUAUGUACUAUAAUAUUAUUUCUAUAUAUAUUACGCAGAUAUGAGUCUGUUGUCUGUGGCACUGUGGCAGUAAUCACUAAUCAGCAGCUAGCGAUCAUGCCUGUUUAUUUUAGUCAUGCCUGUUUGUCUAGUCAUGGUCGAACGUGAAAAUACCCACUGUGUAAACUAUUAUUAAAGAUAAUUUCUUCAAAAAAUGUUUCUUUGGGAUUGGGUUACCGGCGUCCUGGGAUAUUUAGGGUUAUGGAAAAAAUCAGGAAAAUUACUAUUCCUUGGUUUGGAUAAUGCUGGAAAAACUACUCUAUUACAUAUGUUGAAAGAUGAUCGUUUAGCACAACAUACUCCAACAUUGCAUCCAACAUCUGAAGAAUUAUCUGUUGGAAACAUUAAAUUCACAACAUUUGAUUUGGGUGGCCAUUCUCAAGCAAGAAAAGUAUGGAAAGAUUAUUUCCCUGCUGUGGAUGCAAUUGUAUUUUUGGUAGACGCCUGUGACAAAUCUAGAAUUAUGGAAAGUAAAAAUGAACUAGAUUCAUUAUUGCUCGAUGAAUCCUUAUCUAACAUUCCAGUACUUGUUCUUGGUAACAAAAUUGAUAGACAAGGUGCCUUGAAUGAGACAGAAUUAAGAACUUAUUUUGCAUUGAACCAAACAACUGGAAAAGCUAAAGUACCUAGAUCAGACCUUCCAGGUCGUCCUUUAGAAGUAUUCAUGUGUUCUGUAUUGAAACGUCAAGGUUACGGAGAAGGGUUCAGAUGGCUGGCACAAUAUAUUGAUUAAUAUCUGUAAUAUAUACAUAUUUUAAUUUUUAAAUUCAUUCUUUUUUUACUGUUCUCUCUACCAGAAAGGUAUACAAUUUAAUGUAACAUGGCUAAACUCCCAAUCAAAUAAUUUUGUAAAAAUAAAUUUCAGUUUUUAUGUUGAUAAUUUUACUGAAGUAAGAUUUCA